AUGGAGACCAAAAAACACAUUGUUUUAGUUCAUGGAGCAUCACACGGGGCUUGGUGCUGGUACAAGCUUGUGCCGUUGCUCAAAUUGGCUGGUCAUCAAGUCACUACUGUGGACCUUGGUGCCAGUGGGAUCAAUCCUAAACAGAUUGAUGAUAUCACGUCCAUUUCUGAUUAUUUGCAGCCAUUGAUGGAUUUCAUGAGCUCUCUUCCACAAGAUGAGAAAGUAAUUUUAGUUGGCCAUAGUUUUGGUGGCAUUGGUAUUUCUCUGGCCAUGGAAAACUUCCCUGAGAAAGUCUUGGCAGCAGUUUUUGUAGCAGCCUAUAUGCCCAAUUGCAGUGUCCCGUUAAUUACCCUACAGCAAGAAUUCUUCAAAUGGACACCCAUGGACUCGCUUAUGGAUUGCACAUUUACAUUUGGUAGAGGCCCUGAAAAUCCCCCAACUUCAGGCUCUUUUGGUCCAAUUUACUUGGAAAAAAGGGUGUAUCAAAACUGCCAGCCUGAGGAGAUUGAAUUAGCCAAAAUGCUAGUUAGACCAUGUGGGACAUUCUUCAUAGACUUGGCAAAAGAAUGCCCAAUAACAGAGGCAAAAUAUGGAUCCAUAAACCGAAUUUUUGUAGUAUGCCAUGAUGAUGGUGUGAUGAAGGAGGGAUUUCAAAGAUGGGUGAUCGAGAAUAGCCCACCAAAAGAAGUGAUAGUCAUUAAUAAAGCUGACCAUAUGGUCAUGCUGUCAAAGCCCCAAGAACUUUGUCAAUGUCUCCACGAGAUUGUCCAAAAAUAUUAG